AUGGAUGCUGAACAGGAGCUCAAGCGGCGCCGCGAAAGGGGCAGAUCGGCCCAGGCCGCCUUCCGUAAGAGACAGGCCCUGGCCGUCCAGGAGAUGCAACAGGAGAACAAGCGACUUAGGGAAGCCCUAGAGUCCGUCGUCAAGAUUGCACGGCAUGACGACCGCCGUGAUCUUGUAUCGGUGAUUAGGCAGGGAGCCGAGGCGGCUGGGAUUGAUGUUGAACAUCUCCCGGCGCCAGGUUCAGAAUAUGUGCUGCAACCGAACGACAAUUUGGGAUCCUGUGGGGCGCGUGGUCAAUCUGAGACUUCGGCAAGCAAUGUGUCUUUAAGCAGCGAGCCAUCGCGUCCGGAAGUGGAUACUUCCAAAGAGGCAGAUCUCGCCGUUACUCGUGCCUCACAACCGGCGUUCAAGGCGACGAGAUGCAUGAUGUGGCUGAACCCAAUGCGGUACAUGCGCCUUGACAAACCGCCUGAGGAUAUCGUGCCAUACAUAGGUGACGCGGCGAACACGCUGGCCGGCCAUCUGUUCUGGGCCGUCAUGGAGCACGCCCGGUCUGAUUGCCACCACGAGCACCACGCGCUCAGCCGCCAAGAGCUUUCGACCAGCCAGAACCCGUGCAUCCAGCGCAUGAUGCGGCACUCGAUCGCCAUGCAAUCCAUCAGCCACGGCUUGAUCAAGGCCAUGGUUGAGGCGCGGCUCGAGUACCGCCACCUGGGCUACAUUAGCGCCGAGUAUGCGGGUGCCGCCGACCCGGACACGGUCCGGAGCUUGCGGCGCAGCGUAGCAGCAGAGUUUGGUAGUCGUGGCCAAGACGAGAGUGUCUGGGUUGAUGCCAUUGGCGUCGAGUCCCGCGUCCGCUCGCUCCUUGGCCCUGAUUAUUUUGCCACGCUGGAGAGGGCGGCGCGGAGCCCGGAGAGCGCCAAGGCGCAUAUAUCGUUGUCGUGGGCUUUGGACCGGCUAAUAGGGAGUUUUAUAUGCUUCGGGGAUGGCCCUAGAUGGAAUGUACUUGAAGUGGACGAUAUAUUCUCUUCUUGGCUAUCCCACGUAGAAUGUUGA